AUGGAUCUCGACGACAAACAGGAUCCUUUGCUGAAGGCAGCGAUUGAAGCGUCCCUCAGAGAGGAAAAUGGCAAUCCUGGCCCAUCUUUUCCCUCGGAGCCGCCAAAGGAAGUAGUCGACCUGACCUGCGAUUCUGAUGAUCAAUCAGAUGUCAAAGAAGUCUUUACAAAGUCUACUUCUGUGGUGGACUCCGAUAGUGACGAUGAAGUCGAGCAAGGAAAGCACGACGAUGAGGCUGAGCUGAGGCGAGCAAUCGCCAUGUCGCUGCAGGACUUGCAGUCAGACGCUGAGCCAGUGGAGCCUGUUCUGAGAACAUCUAAUUCUCCCCCACAGGGUCUCUUGGGCCUCAAUCGAAAGCGAAUGGAGCAAGAACGUCUCGCCCGUAUUCAAAAGCGCAAGGCCCGGGAAUCCGUGUCUCCACCAGGACAGCCCCGAGCCAAACUUUACAAGACCCAGCCAGUGACAACUGGUACUUCUUCUGUUUCUGUCUCUCUUUCUAAGCCUUCCUCUUUACCACAGUCAUCAAGCGACUCGACAGCCACUGUUAGACCCACUGCACGACCGGCUCUUCAAUGGCCGCAGGGAAUUGUCAAAAAGACGCACGUGGCCAACACCAUCCGUGGUGACAAUGAAAUCACCAUUGAAGAGGUUAUUCAGCGAGGAGACCUUGAACUUGGCGUCUUUAGCUCAUUCCUCUGGGACAUGGAAUGGUUCUUUACAAAGUGUGACACGUGGAGGACGAGAUUCCUUCUCAUCAUGCAUGCCAAGGAACAAGAAAUGCGUGAUACAAUGGUUAAUGAUACCAAGGAUAUGAAGAACCUCCGACUGUGCUUCCCACCCAUGGAUGGCCAGAUCAGCACCAUGCAUUCAAAAUUAAUGAUACUCUUCCACCCGGAAUACGUACGCAUUGCUGUCCCGACGGCUAACAUGACAAUGACCGACUGGGGAGAGAACCGCUUGAUGGAAAAUGCAAGUUCAAUAUCCGCAGUGACUGUUUUUCUCAUCGACCUACCAAAGAAGUCGAACGACUUCGAUUGCCCAAAGACAUUCUUCUAUGAAGAGCUGGCCCACUUCUUGAAAGCCAGCACGGUGAAUGAGAACAUUAUUGCUAAGCUUGAGGGCUUCGAUUUCAGCGAGACAGCUCGUUAUGCAUUUGUGCACACAAUUGGCGGGUCCAGUGGGUCCACUAACGAGACGUGGAGACGUACAGGAUACUGCGGUUUAGGUCGCGCUGUGAAACAGUUGGGCUUACGAACCACUUCGCCCAUCAAUAUUGAUUACGUGGCGUCCUCUAUUGGGUCACUCAACGAUGAGUUUCUUCGUGCCAUCUACCUCGCUUGCAAGGGAGAUGAUGGCCUAGCUGACUACACAAUCCGAUACGCAAAGUCCGCCUCUCAUUCUACAAACCCUGAUCAAGUCAUGAUGAAGGCUGGCGAGGAAUGGCAAGACCGCUUCCUGGUGUACUUCCCCUCAGAUGAUACUGUCCACUCUGCACAUGACGUGCCAGAAGAUACUGGAGGCACUGUCUGUUUCCAGUCGAAGUGGUGGCGGGGUGCAAAGUUUCCCAAGCAAGUAUUGCGAGACUGCAUUAGCAAAAAGUCUGUUUUGAUGCAUAACAAGCUCCUCUACGUUUGGCCUUCCGAGCCAAUCGCACUCCCGAAUAAUCGCGAAUGCAAGGGCUGGGCCUAUGUCGGAAGUGCCAACAUGUCUGAAAGUGCAUGGGGCCGCCUUGUCAAAGAUCGUCAGACAAACAAAGCGAAGCUGAACUGCCGUAAUUGGGAGUGUGGUGUGCUUGUUCCCGUUGAAACGCCUAUUCGGCAAAAUUCACAGGGUCUCAACUGGAAAUCUGAGUACGAACACCUCCCUGCUGAGGUCUUUGAGGAUACCAUUCCCAUCCCCAUGAUGGUUCCUGCGCCCCCGCUGACAGAGGAGAACAAGCCGUGGUUUUUCAUGGGCGACAAGUAA